GUUGUUCUCAUUUCCUGUAACAAUUCCAACUAAAUUUUUGUCUCCCUUCUAAUUUUCUCUUUUCGAUUCCGAUUUCUGCUUCCUCUACCAACCAGACAACCAACAUUGCGAAUUCACUCCUAAUUUCACGUUACUGUUUCUCAGAAAAUCAGAUCGGAAAAUCAGCAUGUCGGUAUCCAUCACCGCCGCCUUUCAGGCGGUAAAUUAUUGGCUAUCGGAGCACCCAUCUAUUGUCAACUUCCGUUGGAGUCACACCCAAUCAUGGGGAUCUACUUGGUCCUUCCUCUUCACCGCCAUCACCGUCUAUAUCGUCGCUGCCAUCACCAUCCACCUUACCCUCUCAAUCCUCCUAUCCAAGCGCCGCCGGAUCCCUUUAGGUCCAAGCCCGGCCCUCCACAGCCUCUGCAUCUCCUUGAUUUCCGCUGUUAUAUUCAUUGGCAUCCUCCUCUCCGCCGCGGCCGAGAUUCGCGACACUCGUUGGUUCUGGCGUCGUACCAAGACCGUCACCAGCCCCUUGCAAUGGCUCCUCUGUUUUCCCCUCGGAACGCGCCCCUCCGGGCGCGUGUUCUUCUGGUCAUACGUGUUUUAUCUCUCUCGAUUCCUCCACCUCUUCCGCACAUUCUUCACCGUCCUCCGCCACCGGAAAUUGAGCUUCUUCCAGCUCUUUAACCAGUCAAUUCUCUUAUUCAUGUCAUUUCUCUGGCUCGAAUUCUCUCAAUCCUUUCAAGUUUUGGCCAUCUUGCUGGCGACGUUGCUGUACUCGGUGGUGUACGGCUACCGGUUCUGGACGGCAAUCGGGCUACCGAGCGCGUGCUUUCCAUUCGUCGUGAACUGCCAGGUGCUGCUUCUGGGUUGCAAUUUGGUCUGCCAUUUUGGGGUUCUUCCGCUGCAUUUCUUGAAAGGCGGAUGCAACGGUAUCGGGGCUUGGGCCUUCAACUCCAUACUCAACGGCGUCAUUCUUUUUCUGGUGUUGAACUUCUACUUGAAGAAAAUGUACUCGAGCAGGAGGAGAUCAAGCGAGACAAGAUGACGAAUCGGAGUUCAAAAGUGAAAUGGUAAACGUCAAGCAAAAGGACAGUUGAUAACUUGAUUGCCUCAUGAUUUUUUACACUUCCAAUUUUUGCCGAGUUUUUUUCUUUUAUCUGUAAUAUUAUGUGUGAAUGUUAAAUAUAUAUUCAUUAUGUAU